UGACAGUUUCAGAAGUAACAUCUAUUAGAUGUUGGAGAUCUUCUAGAAAUUCAACUUUGAGUUAACUAAUCUAAAGCAGAAACUGCCUGCUAAGUUAGGAAGGCCUCAGACUGAGCAAUAAGAGAGGGGCUCAUGCUCACAGCCCACAAGUCUUAUGAUGAGUUGGAUGCAAAGUCAUCUUGUCUUUGGGUGUUUGUGUACGUGCAUGCUUUUGCUCAUGUUAUCUGUGUGUGUGCUGUUGUGCUGCAAACCCUCGUGAGAUAGGAAAGACACGCUCAGACAGAACUCCUCUCUGUGCCAGAAGCCAGUGACCAAUGAAUGAGCAUCCUUGUAAAGAGAGCUCAAAGCAGAUGUCAUGGCGUCCGACCUACCGAAGCUCCAAGUUUCGAAAUGUUUAUGGCAAAGUAGGCAACCGGGAGAAUUGCUACGAUGGCAUCCCCAUCACUAAGAACGUCCAUGACAACCACUUCUGUGCCGUCAACUCUAAGUUCCUGGCGGUCGUCACAGAAAGUGCUGGAGGGGGCUCCUUCAUUGUUCUACCUGUAUCCCAGUCUGGCCGUCUUGACUCUCAUCAACCGAAGGUGUGCGGUCACCAAGGCAAUGUGCUGGAUAUCAAGUGGAACCCAUUCUUUGAAAACAUCAUAGCCUCCUGCUCUGAGGACACCUCGGUCCGAGUUUGGGAGAUCCCAGAAGGAGGUCUGAGACGCAACAUGAUGGAGGCGGUGCUGGAGCUCUAUGGUCACAGCAGACGGGUGGGACUGAUUGAGUGGCACCCCACCAGCAGCGGCAUCCUCUUCAGUGCCGGCUAUGACUAUAAGAUCCUGAUCUGGAACCUGGAGAUUGGAGAACCAGUGAAAAUGAUCGACUGCCACACUGACGUCAUCCUCAGCAUGUCCUUUAACACAGACGGCAGCCUACUGGCCACCAGCUGCAAGGACAAGAAGCUGCGAGUCAUUGAGCCGCGGUCUGGGAGAGUCCUUCAGCAAGCCAGUUGCAAAAACCACCGUGUAAACCGAGUGGUUUUCCUGGGCAACAUCAAGCGGCUGCUCACCACAGGGGUUUCUCGCUGGAACACCCGGCAGAUCGCUCUCUGGGAUCAGGAGGAUUUGUCUAUGCCAAUUGUGGAGGAGGACAUAGACGGCCUGUCAGGACUACUGUUUCCUUUCUAUGAUGCUGACACACAUAUGCUGUACCUGGCAGGCAAGGGGGAUGGAAACAUCCGCUACUUUGAGAUUACUACAGAAAAGCCAUACAUCCAAUACCUAAUGGAGUUCCGCUCCCCGGCCCCACAGAAAGGACUUGGGGUGAUGCCAAAGCAUGGGCUGGAUGUGGCAGCCUGCGAGGUGUAUCGUUUUUAUAAACUUGUCACCCUGAAGGGCUUGAUUGAACCCAUUUCCAUGAUUGUGCCAAGAAGAUCAGACACUUACCAGGAGGACAUCUACCCCAUGACGGCAGGAACUGAACCUGCCUUGUCUGCCAGCGAGUGGCUGAGUGGGAUUGAUAGAGACCCAGUCUUGAUGUCCCUGAAGGACGGUUACCACCGGCCAAACCAGUUAGUGUUCAAGGCUCCAGUAAAGGAAAAGAAGAGUGUGGUAGUCAAUGGGAUUGACCUGCUGGAGAACGUACCACCCAGGACAGAGAAUGAGCUCCUGCGGAUGUUCUUCCGGCAGCAGGAUGAGCUGCGGCGGCUGAAAGAGGAGCUAACCACCAAGGAUGUUCGAAUACGGCAACUGGAGCUGGAGCUCAACAACCUGAAGAACGUUAACCCCAACAAUGUUUGACCUCUGAGCCUCCUGGACUGGAAAAGCUGCUUCCUCUGCCCCCAGUUCUGACCUCUGACAAGCUUCUGAGUCAUCAUGCUUUUUUGAUAUAUCACAUUGUAUCAUAGCUUCAUUCCUGCUGUCCUGCAUAGUGUAGACAACAUAACUGUUGGAUAAUGUCUUAACUGAUGCAAUUACUAGAAAAUCUUCGUAGUUCUGAAUAUAAAUAACUUAGGCAGAUCAGGGAUUUCCAGUUUAACAUGAGCUUGGUGACUAGGCAGAUUUGAGAUCCAGUCCUUUUUCGUAUUUUCUGUUUAUAUUCAUGGAUAUUUUUGAUUUAGUGCAUUCUCAAGUGUUUUGAGCCUGUAAUCCAGCAUUUAGGUAUUUAUGCCUGUCCAGUUGUCCAUGUGGCAAAGCCUUUAUCACCCAGCAAAAAAGCCCCCCACACUUUUCUCCAGAACUGACUAAAACACCUUGGAAUUCUCAUUUUUACAUUAAGGCAAAACUGGAGAAUGCAAAGACUACCAUUGACUCCUACUUUUCUUCCCUAAAGCCUUAGACCCUGCUGCAGACCCACUCUGCAGCGAGCUGCAACAUGAUCUCCAAAUGGCGGACAAGCAGUAGUUUUUGCACCUGACAGAAAAGAUUUCUGCCGACAUGGGUCCUGUUUUUCACAGAGCUGCUUCUCCCGUAACUGCCUCCUCCUCCCACAAAUGUUGCCUGUAAAUUUACUUUAGAACACUGACAUACACAGUAGCUUCCCAAAUGCAAUCUUUUCCCCAGGAGCAUGAAUAGUUAACUUUCAACAAGUUUUUUUUUUUUUUUUUUAAACUCUAUUUAAAAAGUGGGAAAGCAGCAGAGGAGACGUGGAACCACAGGUGGUGGACUUGUGUAAACUUCUCAGAUUUAGCUUUGCUGGCUGUUUUUUGGGGCUAAUUUCGAGGACAGGGAUGAUGUAUAUUUGCUUUUAUUUAUUUGCCACACCUUACCUUUUUAGCUAAUAACUUGUAUAUUUGUUAAUCCCGAUGUUUUUGUAUGACAUGGCUGCACAAACAAUGAUUGUGAUGCUUGACAGAUUCAGUUGAAUGUUUCCGGUUGAAAUGGUGUAACAUUUGUGUGGAAUAGCACCUCAAAUGGUAAUAGUUGUUUGACUCCAACAACAUAACAUCACAUGAGUUAUGCAGUUAUAUUAUUGCCUAUUUGACACAGUACAAACUGUUAUAAUAACCAUCCUUUAUAUAUUUAACAAAGAUGUGUUUGCCUUUAGAUGUGUAAUUUUGCUUCAGGUCUUCUGCCUCUAUUCCACUUGUAUCAACAAGAAACUUUAAAUUGCAGUUUAAAUGCCUCCAUUUUGCUAUCAAACAUUCUUUACAUUUUUACAAUAAUGGACCCUAAAUUACACUUGAUAGGCACAAUUAUUACUUACAGGUUUUUCAGCCCUGGUCAAAUUACAUUUUUCCUUCUGUUUUCAUUGAUUCUGUUCUUUGAAACCCAAAAUGGGGGAAAAAAAAUAGGAGGAAUCUGCUACGUGGAAAGAAAAGGGUUUGUCAGGAAAAAGUAAGGACUGAAGGUCACAAGUCUUCCCUCAUCACAUCAUAGUUGGAAUCUAAAGGUUAAAGCUUCAGAUAAAACAAUCUGAAAAACAUGUGAACCCUUGAAAUGGAGACUGGAAGAAGUGAUGCAUUGGAGGUAAAUGUAUAUGCGUGUUGCAGGAAAAACAAAAGGCUGCAGAGAUUGUGGAAACUUUAAAGAAGAAUUAGUGGUGAAACAGGAAGUUGCAACUGGGGUUGUGUUGUGUCAGUGCCUCUCAUGUAGGUGCAAAAAUCUGCAAUUAAACUGUUGAUUGAAAAUGA